AUGGCUGGUCAGUACAUUGGGGACACCAGUCCCCUCCAACAAAUGGUGGCCACAGGUGCCAGGGCUGUGGUCACCUCUGUUUCCAUGACUACCCUGGAUGUGGUGAAGGUCUGUCUGCAGUCUCAAUGCCCCUCAGUGACCAAUGAGCUGAUGCCUCCCUCGACUGCAGCCUCUUACGCCAAAUUGCCCUCCUCCCUCCACCCCACAGGGAAGUGCCUCCUGUACCGCAGUAGUGUCCUGGAACCCCUGUACCUGUACCUAAAUGAUGCCCGCUGUGCCACCUGGUUUCAGGACCCCACUCGCUUCACCUGGUGA